AUGAGGGCUGUGUUCCUGGUGCUGCUCCUCUGGGCCGUAGCCUGGGCUCACCCUGACACAUGGAGUGAAGAUGACAUCAACAAUCUGAGCAACCUCCUGGUUGAUGGAGAUGGCAGACAUCCUCCUGUCAGUGCAGAGAGAGGGGACAAUGCCCUUGCUGGGGACCCAGCAGGUGGGAAUACUGUGGGCGAGGAGCUGGGCGAGCAAGGUGGCCAGAACAAGGGAGGCCAAAGUGGGGAGGCUCAGCACCUGAACCGAGUGGACCAUGAGGACACGAGUGCCCGAGAUGGGAAUGGCCUUGGCUUCCUGGAGGAGGACGCAGGGGAUGCUGAUCCUGGUGACCACGGGGAGCACCAUGGGCUUCCCUCCCAUGCCAACGGGUUCUUGGAUGAGGAGGAGGAGGACAGUGGGGACGACACCUUGGAUGAAGAGGGGGGUGAAGGUCCCACCUAUGUGCCUGGUGCUGAGGGGGCAGGCAAGCACGGGCAGGAUGUAGGCGGUGGGGCUGGUGGGGGACAUGGUGACAGCAGCAGCAGCAGCAGCAGCGAGAGCGUCGGGGCCGAUCACCGGUACGAGCGGCCCUACCGGUGGGGAGGGGGCAGCAGCAGCAGCCAGGAGGAUGAGGAGAGCUACCAUGUGGAGGAUGGAGCCAUGCAGGGUGAUGACGCCUCUGUCUUCGACAGCCCAAGCAGCAGCUACCAAGGGCACCGUGUGGGCCCCCGUGCCCCAGGGAGCAGCAGAGAGACUGUCCUGGGGGUUGGCUCCCGUGGCUGGGAGGAGGAGGACAGCAGGUCCCCAGAGGUGGAGGACACCGACUUGGGAGAAGACAGCCCAUCCACAGAGGACAACAGCCCGUCGGAAAGCCAGUCAGAGGAAAACAGUGCCAGUCCCUCUAGGGAAGAUGGGGAGGACAGCCCUUCUAGGGAGGAUGAGGAUAGUGAGUCCAGGGAGGGCACGACCGAUGGGUCGGAUGAAGAGCCAGGCGAGUCCCCAGAGGAUACGUCCCAGGAGGCGCUGAGUGCAUCAAGCGAGCACAGCAGCAGCCACUCCUGGGAAGGGCAGGAGGGCCAGGAGACUGCUGAGGACAGGAGUGCACCAUCCGUGCCUGACAGCGAGUCUGGGGAAGAGGAGGGAGACCAGAGCAAGUCCACGGAGGACACUGUGGAGGAGUCAGAGGAGGAGAACGACUCCACCCCUGACGGGCACGUGCUGAGCGCGUCCGAGGAGAGCCAGAGCGCGUCCUCCGAGGGGGAUGGCAGCCAAGGGGACACCACGGGCGAGGACAGCAGGUCCCCAGAGAGUGACAACAGCGAGUCCCAGGAGGAUGAUGAUGAGGAGGAGGAGAGCGAGAGCCGCAGGCGGCGCGUGGGUGCCCUCCGCAACAAGCCUGCUGCUGACUACGAUGACAACGACUGCCAGGAUGGGUACUGA